UCACCCUGGAAGCAGCUGGUGUGCAGGGUCCAAUAGGAAGGCAGCAGCUGAUGUGCUGAGGCUGGCAGGCAGCAGGUUGUGCUCCUACACACAAGCAGGAGAAAGCAGUGGGCACACUGACAGAGCAGCAGCUUUUAGGGAAACUCUAGGAUUCAACCAUGAAGAAGGCGACUUGUACCGCGCCUGUGAACAUCGCUGUCAUCAAAUACUGGGGCAAGAGGAACGAAGAGCUUAUUUUGCCAAUUAACUCCUCCCUGAGCGUCACUUUGAAUCAAGAUCAGCUGAAAACUACUACGUCGAUUGCAGCAAGUCGGGAUUUCACGGAGGAUCGGAUCUGGCUGAACGGUAAAGAGGACAACAUCAACCACCCUCGUCUGCAAUCCUGUUUACGGGAAAUUCGUCGACUGGCCAGGAAAAGAAGAAGCGAUGCCGAAGACGACUCGGUGUCCAGGAUCCUAAACUACAAGGUUCACAUAUGUUCCGUCAACAACUUCCCCACAGCGGCCGGGCUGGCAUCGUCCGCUGCCGGAUACGCCUGCCUGGUGUACACCCUGGCAAAGCUGUACGGAGUGGAGGGGGAGCUGUCUGAGAUCGCACGGCAGGGGUCGGGCAGCGCCUGCAGGAGUAUGUAUGGAGGAUUUGUACAGUGGAUAAUGGGAGAGAAAGAGGACGGGAAGGACAGCCUAGCCCAGCAGGUGGAGGCAGAAAGUCACUGGCCAGAGCUUCGCAUUUUGAUCCUGGUGGCAAGCGCGGAGAAGAAGCAUGUUGGCAGCACAGCCGGCAUGCAGACUAGCGUGAAGACUAGCCCCCUGCUGAAGCUCCGUGCCGAGUCUGUGGUUCCUGGACGGAUGGAAGAAAUGAUAGAAUCCAUCAGAAAAAAGGAUUUUGAGUCCUUUGGCCAGUUGACUAUGAAGGACAGUAACCAAUUCCAUGCCACAUGUCUGGACACCUUCCCACCUAUCUUCUACCUAAACCAAGUCUCACAGAGGAUUAUCCACCUUGUACACAGAUACAACGCUUACUACGGACAGACCAAGGUUGCGUACAGUUUCGACGCGGGUCCUAACGCCGUCAUCUUCACUUUAGAACCAACGGUCAAUGAGUUUGUGGAAGUUGUGAAACGCUGUUUCCCACCGGAGUCCAAUGGAGACCCGUUCCUGAAAGGCUUGCCGGUGGACGAAGCCCCGCUGUCUCAGGAACUGCUGUCUGCGGUUGAAUGCGAUCCAUGUCCAGGAGGAGUCCGAUAUAUGAUUGUUACGCAGCCGGGUCCCGGACCUGUUGAAUCUCAAGAUGUCAGCCUGGAUCUGCUGGGUCCGGAUGGACUGCCAACACAAAGCAUCUGAGACAAUGAUCUCAAAGGACUAUUUUGUAACAGGCCAACCCCAGGCCCGCUGUGACCUUUUUUUAUUGUGAUACGGCACUUAUAUUCCUAUUGAUCUAAUAUCUACACAUUCCGACAUCCGUAGGUCAUCGGCUUUCUCCGACAGGUCAAUGCGAGUGCAGCUGUACCUCCAGUGUGUUUUCUGUAACAAAUGCUUCUCAGGGAAUUAAACUGGCCGCUGGUUUCCACCAA